UCUUGGUCUACACAGCAAUAACCUUCCCGUCUCACUCCUCGCCAAAUACACCUCAAGUGCUUGGACACACUCACGCACAUACUACCUCGUAGAUUCAACUCCCCUGCCCCCCUGAUCCAUCUCUGCCCUCUCGCCAUGCGUUUCACCCUUGCGGCACUGCUCGGCUCGGCCCUUGUGGCCCGUCAGGCCCUGGCAGAACUCACCUUUACCGUAGCAGCCACCAAGGACGGCGUCCCAAUUCCCCAGUCCGAGAUCAAGCUCGAGCCCAUGGAGUUCGGCACCGGCCGCGUGGGACACGCGACCCCGGCGCAAGGCCACCGCAGGUUCCGGAGAGCCAACGCUGCUGCCACGAGCGCCAACUGGUGCGGCGCUGUAAAUACUGCAUCCUCGAGUAACCAGAUCAAGGUUGUCCAUGCCAGCUUCCAGCAUCCCAGUUGCUCCACGCGCACGGGGGCGACGUAUCCCCAGGCGGCCGCCGCCUGGGCUGGCAUCGACGGAGACAGCCACACGUCUGCCCUGUUGCAGGCGGGGACAGUCUGCAAGAUCGACAACUCCACCGGCAUCGUGAGGCAUGAGGCAUGGUGGCAAUGGGUCCCCGAGGCCGCCAACACAGUCACCUCCUUGCCAGUGGCACCACAUGACUACAUCGAAAUCACAAUCAACACAAACUCGACCACAGCAGCAGAGAUCACCCUGACCAACGUCUCCAAGGGCUACACCUACACGGUCAGCAUCCGCGACGGGCCCGCCCUGGCGCGGGUCGACGCCGACUGGGUGGUCGAGCGGCCCUACUACGGCGCCACGCUGGCCGGCUUCCCGACCUUCACCGACGUGUGGUUCGACGAGGCCUACGCGACACGCGUCAGCGGCGCCAACCUUGGCGUGCUCGGGUCGAAGCAGUACCAGAUACCGAAUCUCUGCGCGUCGAUCGAGGAUGGUGAUGCGGCGCAGGUUUCUUGGUCGCUUUGAAUUAACUAGAAGAACUAGGUGCCCAGAGUGGGGGGAUGGUGGACAGAGGAGGAACUGUCUGGGCGACAAAACAGGGUCGUUGUAUAAUAAGGGUUUGUACGGUAGUCGUUUUCUCUGUUUUCUAGGCCGAUCUCCGCGUUGUCAUGGUAACUCUUAGGCCUGAAUGGUUGAGCUAGAGGUUUCAGUUUGUAUUAUCCGCUCUGGAAGUGAUGUAUUCGGGAGCAAUCAGUUAUAGGUUUGCCAGGAGUUCUUUCAUAGGUAUGGUCAUAAGGAUUUGGCUGGUAAUAACAACAUAGUAUCAACUUGUUUU